UUCAGUAUCUCAUAUUAUCUGCCUUUAAUUGAUUAAUGCUUAUUCUUAAUGGAUGAAGAUUCAAAUGUAACGUAUAUAAGUCUUAGUGGGUAUGUAGAAGUGGUAAAAUACAGAUAUCUCUAUUUUGUGAUUAUUUUCACAGUAUAUAUUCUGAUAAUCUUCUGUAAUUCCAUCAUUGUAUGCAUCAUUGUGAUUCACCGAAACCUCCAUGAGCCUAUGUAUGUGUUUAUUGCAGCUUUGUUAAUCAACUCUCUUCUUUUCAGCACUGUUAUCUACCCAAAGCUUUUAAUUGAUUUUCUUUCAGAAAGACAGAUCAUAUCAUACUCAGCCUGUCUCUUUCAAUAUUUUUUAUUUUACACUUUAGGUGGUUCAGAAUUCUUACUGUUGGCAGCCAUGGCCUAUGACAGGUAUGUGUCUAUAUGUAAACCUCUGCAAUAUCCGACUAUCAUGAGGAAAACCACUGUCAGUCUUUUCUUGGUUUUGGCCUGGCUCGUGCCAGCUUGUCAGGUCGCGGGGGCUGUUGCAUUUACCGCUAACAAAAAAUUCUGUAGUUUUACUUUGAAAGGAAUCUUUUGUAACAAUUCACUUAACAAACUUCACUGUGUGAGCUCAGAUGAGCUCUCUGUGUACUGCGUGAUUGUUUUGCUGAACGUUCUUUUUUUCCCUUUGCUCUUUGUAUUUUUCACAUACACAAAGAUUUUCAUAAUAACCUAUAGAAGUAGUAGAGAAGUCAGGAGAAAAGCUGCACAGACCUGUUUGCCCCACCUGCUUGUUUUAAUCAGCUUUUCAUUGUUGUGUACAUAUGAUAUUAUUAUACUUAGACUGGAAUCAGAUAUUCCAAACAGUGCACGUUUAAUAAUGACUUUACAAGUCGUUUUGUAUAAUCCUCUCUUUAAUCCAAUCAUAUAUGGACUAAAAAUGAAAGAAAUUUCUAAACACAUCAAGAGGCUUUUUGUUAACACUGACAAAUAA